CUUCUUUUGGUUUGACAUUCAACUCCUAUGAAAUUCACCUUUUUUUUAGCUCAAAAUAAAUGUCACAACAUUUCAAGUAAUUCCAUGAUGAAUACUAGGGAGCACCCUUUGUUUUGAUUUACCUGUAGAUUUUUACACACCUUAUAAUACUGUUAGGUCACAUCAUUUGUACAAUGAAGCCUAUGUAAACCGGGAUGUAGCCAAAACCUUUUUUAAGGCUCUAGGUGGGAUCAGGGUUGGUGGGAGGGGGGACUCAGAGGAUUUGUGAAGCGAAGUACAUGAACACAAGGUGAUUCUAGCGCCUUCACGCCCACUGGCAGGUUGAACAAAUACUGGACCUGUUUCCGAUGUAUUUAGUCUCCAUGGAUCUUUUGUCUGUCCCGAUUCAUCCUCUGAAAAGGAUACUGUGAUCGUCAGUGUCGGACAUUGGAGACGGGACAGAUACUGGAAUGCUCUGUAUGAGGUAAGGUUGCUUUGAAGCCAACAUGGAGUUAAAGAAGGAUCAUGAGUGGCCCCCAGGGGAGCCCGCUCCUACUCCCCCCAACUCUGUCUGCUGUAGGAACAUCACCCUGGCUUUUAUCCUAGUCUUAUUCAUCAGCGUCUUUGUGGGCUUGUUGGUUGCAUACUUGGUGGAAGAGGAGCAUUACUUCAUGGAGACGGUAGAGUUGAAGGGUCUCAAGUAUGGUCCUGACCUGCAAGAUGAAAGCUCUGCAUUCUCUAUAGUGCUCACUUCUACUCUAAAGACUAAGAUCAAGAAUAUUUUCAUUGCCUCAUCAAUAGCACAUCACUAUAUCGACUGUAAUAUUGUUACCUAUGGUAACAUCAAUGGCAAUGUGAUGGCCACAUAUCGACUGGUCUUCAGCGUGUCCAAGGUCCAGCAGUACUCUGAUAACUUUAUUCAGGACCUUUUGAGGGUAGGACUGAAUGCCCUGUUUCAUGGGAAGUCCAUAAAAGUGCCUGAGUUUGGAGAGAUCAACACUAUUGUUUUACUGGGGGCCAGUGGGAAGUCAUUCUAUAACAUUGGAGACGAUAUGGCCAGCUGUCCUGACAACACUUUUACCUGUGACAAUGGGGAGUGUGUCACCAAGGUCAAUGCCGAGUGUGAUUUCAUCCCGGACUGUGCCGACGGCUCUGAUGAAGCGUACUGCUCCUGUGGGACGCGCCCGGCCAUGGGCAGUAGAAUAGUGGGUGGAGUGGAUGCCCGUCCUGGGGAGCUGCCCUGGCAGGUCAGUCUGAGGCUGCAUGGCAGACACAACUGUGGAGCCUCCAUCAUCAACAGCCAUUGGCUUGUCACUGCUGCUCACUGCUUCGAGAAGGACAAUGACCCAAAAGAAUGGACAGCCCUGGUAGGAGCCAGCCUGGUGAGUGGAGAAGAGUCAGAAGCCAUCUCUGUGAACAUCAAGUCUGUGUUUGUGUCCCCAGACUACAACCCUAUGACCACUGACAACGAUGUGACCAUGCUGGAGCUAGAGACCCCCCUCACCUUCAGCCCCUACAUUCAGCCUGUCUGUCUGCCCUCCUCCUCCCAUGUCUUCAGCCCAGGCCGGAACUGUGUGGUGUCAGGCUGGGGGGCUCUCAACCAGCAUUCUUUUGAUACGCCACCAUCUCUACAGAAGGCAGUGGUUAAUAUCAUUGAUUCAAAGGUCUGCAACAAGUCGUCCGUUUACAGAGGCUCUGUGACCGACAACAUGAUGUGUGCUGGCUUCCUACAAGGGAAGGUCGACUCCUGUCAGGGUGACUCUGGAGGGCCAUUGGUGUGUGAGGAGGCCCCAGGUCGGUUCUUCCUCGCUGGGGUGGUGAGCUGGGGCGUGGGCUGUGCUCAGAUCAACAGGCCAGGGGUCUAUUCCCGCGUCACCAGGCUACGCAACUGGAUCCUCAGCCAUACCAACCCUGGCAUGGUCCACUACCCUGCCCACACCCCGCCAAUGGUGCCAGUUACGACACCAACAGUCAGUCCUAUUUCCAAGACAAUGGUAGCAGCCCCACUCCUGCAUGGUGUGAACUGUAGUGAGAACUUCAUGUGCAGGGCUGGGGAGUGUGUCAGCAAAAUGAACCCUGAGUGUGAUGGUGUCAUUGACUGCUCUAACGAGGCUGAUGAGAAGAACUGUGACUGUGGCAUGCGUCCGGCAGUGGGCUCCCAGAGGAUUGUGGGUGGCUUGACAGCACGGAGGGGGGAGUGGCCAUGGAUUGGCAGCCUACAGUAUCAACGCUUACACCGCUGUGGAGCCACUCUCAUACACUCUAAGUGGCUCCUGACUGCUGCCCACUGCUUCAAAGGUAACUCCAACCCUGUCGCCUGGUCAGUGAGUCUGGGUUCAGUGCUGAGGUCCGGGGUGGGAGCUCUGGUUAUCCCCAUCCAGAGGAUCAUACUACACCCGGGCUUCAACAGCACCAACAUGGAUUAUGAUGUGGCCCUGCUGGAGAUGGCUGUCCCAGCACCCAGGUCCUACACAAUCCAGUUGGUUUGCCUCCCCUCUCCUGUACACAGCUUUCUGAAGAACACAGAGUGCUACAUUACUGGCUGGGGCUCCAUGAGGGAGGGAGGUUCUCUGACCAACCUGCUCCAGAAAGCUGAUGUGAACAUCAUUGAGCAGUCAGACUGCCAGCAGGCAUACGGCAACAGCCUCACCCCAAGCAUGAUGUGUGCCGGCUACAUGGAGGGGGGCAAAGACACAUGCCUGGGAGAUUCUGGUGGCCCCUUGACAUGUCGUGAAUUCUCUGGCCAGUGGUUUGUUGCCGGGGUAACUAGCUGGGGACAUGGCUGCGGACGGACUGCUUUCCCAGGAGUCUAUAUGCGGGUCACUGCCAUCAGGGAAUGGAUAUCCAACUAUCUGCACUUCUGAGGCUAUGGAAGAGAGAAGGAAUUGAGACUGACAGAGACAUCAUACAAUACUUGAGGACACAAAAUGGGUUUUCUACAUUGCAGCCACCACUGGCAUGUGUGUGUUACUGGUAAAGGAAGAUAUGCCACCAGUAAACUGCCUGGAGAGUCCAGCUGAAAGUUUAAUCUUGGACAAUAAAUGUGGAUAACUGGUCCAUGGACAUUUUACUACAACAAUACAUUAUUAAAUGGGGAAGUGUAUUUAUUUUAGUCUUUGUGGGUCCAAAAAUAUAUUUCAUUUUAUUGGCAUUUACCCAACUGUCAUUUGUCUUAUUUAGCCAAUCACCAUUUUGAUGCAAGUUCAAUAGACCAACCAAAACUAAAAUGUUUGACAAUUAUGUGCACAGCUAUAGCAGAUUCUUGUCAGGAAGUCUUGCAUGAAAGCAUCUUUACAUGGCUAAAUCUACAUAGCUUCUAGAAGCUGUUCAGGCACUACAUGAAAAAUGAUAGCCACUCUGGUUCCUCAAGCAACAGAACAUUUAUUCAUUUUCAAAGGACAAAAACAGCAAUUUGACAAAAUUUAAUCUGGAUUUAUUUAUUUCUGACAAGUGAAAAAGGCUAUUCCAGUCAGUCACAAACACCUCAGUCCUCUGAGCAGCACCCACCAUUCAGCAUUCACAGGCCAUUUCUUUUUUUACUUCUCUACACAAGUCAAAGGGCUGAAUGAAGUGGAGCUGUUCCCAGAAAUCUGACAAACCAAGCACACAAAGCCAGCUGGGUUCAACACAAAGUCUGCACCACAGCAGACCUUGUUAAAACAGACCCACUACUGUGGUGGGCAGAUAGAGUGACAACUGGAACGAAAGUCUUGACAAUACUGUUUUGUUCUCAACACGUAUUCUGAUAUAGGAUUCUUUGGCUUGGCCGGGUUCACAGUUAUGAAAACAAAAACGUGUUCCUCAAUUCUUCCCCAUGAGAGAAACUAGGUUUACAGAUGAAAGUGGUGGUAAAAUAAACCUUACCUAACCUCUUCAGGGAACUGUUUCACCCACACAAACACAUAGCCAUGGCCUGUGACAAACUGAAGAAUUGGGUACCUGGCACUGAAUUUAAGGGGACGGUUACAGAGAGUAGACUAGUUUAGAGAGUGAUUGAAAAGUGACAUAAUUGCAGAAAAUCUUUUU